UCAGUAUCCGCAUGGUAUUUCUAGAUUUUUUUUAUGUUUCGUCCUUUAUUACACAAAUGAAAUAUAAUAAAAUGCGAACUUGUAAAGAUUUGGAUUUUUAUGUGGACGACAACUGGAUAAAGAAUUUACAUUUUCACUGUUUAAUAUGUUCCGUGAGAUUCUAAAAAAUCUAAUUUGCCUUGUUUCUCUUUCAACAGAGGCAAUUUGGCGUCCGUAAGGCGCAAGCAUCCCCGACACUGAGGCCUUCUCCCACACAGUGGCACUGCUGGGAGCGUUGCCAUUGGUUCCUUGGUGCCAGGGAUUAUCAUCGGCCGAGAGGAAGAUUUUCCUUUUAAAGGUUAUACACUGUCAGUAAGAAACAAGAGUGCCCAAAGAGACACAUGAUCUUAUAGAUCUACAAGUGCUCGAGCACCUGGACGCUACAUGAAACUUGCAUUUCCGAGCGCGUCGUGUCGUGUGACCCGAUGAGCAGGCCGCACGACCAUCCCUCUGAUGCUUGGCUGCGACGUCCCCGAGUGUUUCCCCACUACUGCCUUUCCCAGGACCCCCGCGAGCGCCUUCCCGUGAGUCCCUCCCGGCAUGGCCCGCCCCACAAGUCCUUGUCGCUCCGCCGUCGUGAGAUCCUUCCAAGAGUUCUCUUCACUGCGUGAUCCUCGAACGGCAGGAAGAGUCUAGCAAGGACAUCCCCCUUACUCAAGAAAAAUCCUACCCUUUCUCCCUCAGCAAAUACGUAUAAUCCGCCAAACGAAAGGCUAUUAAAAGAGUUUUGGCAUCACAAGGGAGUUCUGCAGGAACUUGUCGUUCUAGCCUUCUCCCCUCUCCCGUACCGUGUCCGUCAAGAUUUGUAUACUGACUGAAGUCUAAGCGCACGACGAUGUGACAUAAGGCCUACCGCGUGUUGUGGGCGUCGAGGCGCGCUCAGGCCUCCUCCAACACCCCAACCAUCACCACCACCACCAUCACCGCCACGCCCCCAGCCACCGCCUCCGUCGAGGAAGACAACGCAGACCCAAAGAGACGCGAGAGCAAGGGCGCCACCGAGAGCUGCAUCAGCCCCGCCGCGGCUGCCGCGAGCAGCCCCGGUUCGAACACGAGCCCCACGAGCACCACCACCGCCACAAUCUCCCACACGGUGAAGAUGCUAAGUCCCAAAAUGCAGCGCACGAUCAGGAUUAACGAGAACCAGGUGCUCAUGCUGGCGGAGAAGGCGAGGCAUGACCACAACUACUCCGGCUACCUCUACAAGCGAUCCUCAGACUCCAACAAGUGGCAACUCCGAUGGUUUACACUUUACCAGAACCUGCUCUUCUACUCAGAAGGGGAAUCGAGCGUAAAACCUUCAGGUGUGAUAAUGCUCGAGGGCUGCUACUGCGAGCGACUUAUCACCACCAACACCAACACGAAAAAUAAGGACACGGACAAACAGUUCUGCUUCGCUAUCACCUACCGCCGUGAGAACCAGCGACAGUAUGACUUGAAGGCGGAGACAGAGGGCGAAUGUAAGGCCUGGAUCGACGUCAUCCGACAGGCGUCCUUCAACAAGCUCCUGUUGCAGAAGGAAGAGCUGGAGCAGAAGCACUUGCACCUUCUACAGAUCGUAGAGAGCGAGAAGACGGCCAAAUGGCAGUACACACAGCAGUGCGAGGAACUCACUUCGGAAAUCAAGAAACUCAGAGCAGAGGUGGCUGAAGAAGGAGUGGCGGGUGGUGCCCUCGCGGCGGCUGGAGGACCUUCCGAGGACUCCGAAGAGAUAAAGAAGAUUAAGAAAGUGCAGAGCUUCUUCAGGGGCUGGCUCUGCCGACGGCGGUGGAAGCAGAUCGUGGAGGAGUAUAUCCGCUCUCCACACGCAGAGAGUAUGAGGAAGAGGAACAGCCUGGUGUUCCGAAUGGUCGAAGCGGAGGAGGAAUACGUUGAGCAGCUGAACCUCCUCGUGUCCUGCUUCCUUCGGCCCUUCAAGAUGGCGGCGUCGUCGAAGAAGCCUCCCUGCAGCCACGAGGAUGUGAACAGCAUCUUCCUGAACUCGGAGACGCUGCUGUUCCUCCACCAGAUCUUCCUCAAAGGACUCUCGGCCAGGAUGGAGAGCUGGCCCACGCUGGUGCUUGGGGACUUGUUCGACAUGCUGCUGCCAAUGCUGAGUAUCUACCAGGAGUACGUGAGGAAUCACCACUACAGCCUGCAGGUUCUGGCAGAGUGCAAGCAGAAUCCUCACUUCGGGGCCUUCCUCAACCGCCUGGAGAACAAACCCAACCUGCAGGGCCGCACUCUCGAGACCUUCCUCACGUAUCCAAUGCAUCAGAUCCCGCGGUAUAUCAUAACGCUGCACGAGUUACUGGCCCACACUCCACACAACCACGUGGAACGCAAGAGUCUGGAUCACGCAAGGAUGCAGCUGGAGGAUCUCUCUCGCCAGAUGCACGACGAGGUGAGCGAGACGGAGAACAUCCGGAAGAACCUGGCCAUCGAGCGCAUGAUCGUGGAGGGCUGCGACAUCCUGCUGGACGUCAACCAGAUGUUUGUCCGUCAGGGUAAGAAGCCGGCAGCCGCCGCCGCUCUCAGUUCCUGCUUCCCGAAGGAGGCCGUCCCCUCCUUCCCGCGCAGGUCCAUCGACUUCCCGCGCAAGACCACCGACCUUUUCACCUCGGAGGACGGGGAGGAGGCAGGAGCGACGCCUCGCUCUCAGCGCUCGCACUCCACCGUGUCCUACAUGUCCCGCGAGCAACAGAUAGCCACUUUUGGCAACCGUCGCCGCCUCUCAUCGCUGCGGCAGAGCUCCAUAGGCGGGAUGAUGCCGGCGGCGGCGGCAGCGGCUGCGGCGGCGGCCAGCAGUUCGGGCUCGGCGGGAGCGUCCAUGGUACGACACACGCUGAGCCUCGGGGCCUCGCCCCUGUCGCCGCCUCAGCCCGACUCCGGCCGCCGCGCCUCGGACAUCCCCAGGAUCCGUAAGAAGAGUGUGCGCAUCUCUGACGAAUCCUUCGACGAGUGCGAGGAGCUGGCGGCCUCAGGCAGCUCCUCCCAGCUUGGCCCCUCCGUCUUCACGCCCUCGGCCACGCCCAAUUCUUCACCCGAGGAUCAGGAAGCAGGCGGAGCUGGAGCUGGAGGAGCCGCCCGAGCCGCCGGCCUCACGCCCGUGGAGGAGCGCUCGUCUCUCGAUUCCGGGGAAGACCCACGACAGGCAGCGGCUUCCUCUGCUUCGUCACUGUUUUCGAUCAUCUGUUCUGCCAUGUUCAUCAACACCUUCAUCUUCACUUUCUUUAUAGCUGCAUUUACUGCAUAUUCUCCUUCCACCUUCGAAAAUGUUAUCUCCAUCACCGCCACAAUCAUCGCUAACGUUCCGCUGCUGUUCGGUGGCCUGGCUUCCUCUCAGCCACAACACCACCGUGACCUCCACAGCAAUGGAGAUGCCUUCACGUCCUCAUUACUAUGUUCUAAAGUUUCUAGUGGUGGUGGUUACACUCAUAUCAGUACUCUGGUAUUGAGCUCUCGAACAGAGCUGUCACCUCGAGGCCUCAUCUCCUGUGUACAUGCUAGACAAGUGCCAUUUUUAGGAGUCUCAGUUCUCCUGAGCGUGGCAGUGGACUGUUUGGAUUCAGGUGCAAUCCUAGAGAUAGUCUCGACCACAGAUAUUGCACCUAAUUUGCAGAGGAACUGGCAUUGCACUUUAACAACCACUUCCAUAGUGAUUCCAGUGGUAUUACCGGUAAAAGAACAUGGCAAUAAUCUAAAUAGUACUAAUGCUACUUCCAAUGUAAGUAGAGCUUUGGUGCACCGCCGGUACUUUGAGAUUUUAAGGUUGAAUCCCACUUUGAGAAUACUGCAGCCAACAGGAAAACACGGAGCCUCUGGCAACGAAAAGCCACUUGGCCCCGUUAAAGAAACUCCGUGGUUCUCCUUUACGUUACAAAGAGAGCUUCUUAUAGAAGCAAGAUGUUCGCUGAUCCAAGUUCUGGGAGACCGACCGCGUCCUGUGAAGACCCGCCUCGGUCAGUUCAAGAGCGAGAAGGAGGCUGUGCGGCAGUGCUUCCUCUUCAGCAAUCACCUGAUCGUGGCCACGCGGACGUCAGGAGGAAAGCUCCACCUAGUCGCCAACGUGGGAAAGGUCCCUCUCAACGACGCCACGCUUAUCGAAGACCCGACUUGAACAGUUAGCGAUAGUUCAGCUGCUACAAGUAGCGGUUCCGGCCCGGGCAAGAACUUCCCGGUGGAGCAAGCUAAUCUGGACUUCAAGAUCAUCGUGGAACAGAAGAGCGGUUCUCCCAUUACACUCCACCUGGUCGCGCCCACGAUGCAGGAGAAACAAGCUUGGAUUAGUGAUAUCAGCCAGGCCUUACAUGUCAGACUCAACAACCUCUUCAGGUCGUCAAUGUCAGACACGUCGUCCGUCACAAUGCCACACUUCAUCAAGAAUGACCCUAAGCUCUUCAAGGAUGACAUUGACAUUCGCUUAUCUCGGACCCUCAAUUCGUGCAAGGUCCCCCACAUCCGCUACGCCACACCCGAGAGGCUCCUGGAACGCCUGACGGACCUACGAUUCCUCUCGAUCGAUUUCCUAAACACCUUCCUGCUCACCUACCGGGUAUUCACCGACGGUGUAACGGUAUUGGAGGCGCUGAAGAAGGUCUACUACAACCCGGACGUCCAUGAUCAGAUGGCUGAUUCGCGGGACUCGUCUGUGGAGAGGUCCCCCGAGUACGUGGCUUCGCCCCCGCCGGAUUUCGACAGCGGAAGAAACUCCCCGAGGAGAACGUCCACAUUCAGCCCUUUCCCAGGUAGUGGUAUUUCUCCUUCAUGCCGUCCUUACGUGCCUUCCUAUCGCCUCCUUCCCUUCCCACUACCCCCCUCUUCCUCUGCUUUUCCCCUUUCUCCAUUCUCCUCUUUUAUUCCCAUUUUUUGUAAUAAGCCUGCUCUAAAUAACAUUUCGAACUUAAAUACUCCUAUAAGAAUAUGUUUUGGUGUCAUGUGUGAUAUUAAGGUGUGGUGUUCAACUGUGAGAGAGUGGGAGGCCAGGCGCUGUGAUGGCCCCAUAGGACAGCGUGAAGGUAUAAUGUAUGGGUGUGCGGUAGGGCUGGAGAUGGAAGCACCACGAGACAGGUGCUGGACCUUCGACGCCCAGGUGGCCAAGGCUUCCGGAAACCAACACUGGCGCUGGUCCUACAGGCGUUAUUUGACUAAUUGGUUUCUUCAUCUCCUCCUUUCUCCCUCCUUCCUUGUCUUUCCCUUUCUUUCCCUUUCUUUCCCUGUUUCCCUUCUUUCCUUCCCUCCUCUCCUCCCAACAGUCGAAGAGGAACAGCGAGAGCAAGAGGAGCGCCGCGCCCGCGAGGAGUCCGACCCCCCCGCCGCAGCCCCACAGGGAGGCGCGGGGGGGUCCCAGGAGGGCCCCAACCUCCCCGUCAGCGCCCCCAACUCUCCGUUCAGCCCCAAGAAGGUCACCAUCCGGACGGACGACGACCCCAAGUAUCUCACCAUCCCCAAGGGCCGCCGCGUCGCCGGCUCCACGUCUUCGGCUGAUACACUUAUCGGCGAUGAGAGCAUGAGUCAGCCAGACAGCCCGACGGACGCAUCCACCUCCACCCUGACGGGCGCGGGGCCCGCCCUCCAAAGCUUCUCCGACUGGAAGCUGCCCUUCGACAGCGAGCGAGGGUCUAGGUCGCGCCGACCUUCCAAGAUCCUGGACGUGAUCACUUCUCCGCCUCGCCCUGGCUCCGGGCCCCGGCGCUCGCUGCCGCCCAGGAUGUCCUCGCUCGAGGAGCACCGUCAGAUGGAGACAGUGACCUCAGGUUCAGAGGCCGAAGACGAGCAGGACCCCGUGGCCGGGAUGGGCGCGCGACGACGCUCCGCCGCCCGCUCCCACAGCGCUGCCCCGAGCACCUCCUCGCCAGGGUUCCUCCUUGUCGGGCCACGCGUCAGGGGCGCCAAGAGACUCAGCUGCGAGAGCGACACGUGCGGCCUGGCCUCCCCGCGCUCCAGUGUCCACACCGCCACUCCGAGGUCAUCCUUCCAGGUGCCAGACUCGCCCUCACACUCCGUGCCAAGGGUCGGGGUCGUCAUUACAUCCUCCCGACAGUCUCAGCGAAGGAGCAGCAGUGCCUCCGCAGCAGCCGCUUUUGCAGUGGCCACAGCGGGAUCCAGCAACCCGAGGGACAUCCCCAAGACUCCGCCCCUCGGCAGGUUCUCUGUCGGGGGCGAGGGACGUCGCUCCUCCUUCAGGGAACGUCCAUCGCGACAAGAGUCCAUUAUCUCUACCGCUGCCACCAUGCGAGUCCUCAACGUCCUUCGCCACUGGGUCUCUAAGCAUUCCCAAGAUUUCGAGACGGACUUGCGGCUGAAGACUCUCACCAUCGAGUUCCUGGACGAUCUGGUGUGCUGCCCGACCCUCCUGCCAGCUGAACACAAGGCCGCGUCACAGUUACUCAGGUUACUCACUAAGGAGGAGCCAGCCAAUCCGCGAGUGGAUCUGAACACUCUCCUCGCCCCGCCUACCACCCCAAGCAAGGAGAGCAUCGAGACCCUGUCAGCGCUCGAGGUGGCCGAACAGAUGACAUACAUCGACCAUCAGAUCUUCGUGGCGAUCAGGAGCGAAGAGUUCCUGAAGACAGCCUGGAUGAAGGAUGACAAGCAACAGAAGGCGCCAUAUAUCCUUCUCAUCACUCGGCGCUUCAAUGAGGUGUCGCGUCUGGUGGCCUCGGAAAUCAUUCGAGGAGCGACCAUGGCCUCGCGCAUCGCCGUCAUCGAGAAAUGGGUGGCCGUGGCUGACAUCUGCCGUUGUCUCCAUAAUUACAAUGGCGUCUUACAGGUAUGCGCUGCCUUCCAGAACUCCUCCGUGUUCCGGCUAAAGAAAACAUGGGAGAAAGUGUCUAAAACGACACGCCAGACUCUCGAGAAGCUUCAGGCCCUCGUCUCCUCCGACGGCAGGUUCCGCAGCCUCCGCGACGCCCUCCACAGGUGCGACCCGCCUUGCAUCCCUUACCUGGGCAUGUACCUCACCGACCUCUCCUUCAUCGAGGAGGGCACGCCGAACUUUACAGAAGAUACGCUACUCAAUUUCUCCAAGAUGCGAAUGAUCGCCCACGUGAUUCGCGAGAUCCGUCACUUCCAGCAGACGCCUUACAAGAUCGAGCACAACCCGCGCGUCACCGCCUACCUGCUGGACCCGAGCCUGCUUCUCAGCGACGACAACCUGUACCGGAUGUCCCUCGAGCUGGAGCCCCGACGAUCAACCCUGACCCACGUCAACGCGCCCCUCCUCACCACCGCCACUUCCUCUGGCUCGUCAUCGAGUUCUUCCUCCUGACAGCGGCGGCGGACGGCAGGGGAGAUCUGGGUGAGCCUAUGAGGUCCGCCCCCCUGCAGCCGCAUAGCCGACCAGGGGGGGAAUAGUAGGUCUUUCGCUGCUCUAAAUCUCUUGGGACGCCUCGAAUGGCGCGUCCUCGCAGCCACGACUACGGCGGAAGGCGGUGGCAGCAGCGACCACCGUAACAAACGAUUGUGACGACAUCCACUCAUGACCUUAACUAUGAUGAUACUACACGGAGACGUAUCGGCGGGUGGUGAUUCUUUGGAUCUCUAUAAUCAUGUCUCUCCUUAUACACAUUUAACCAGACUUCCCUGCAGUGAGCAAAGGGAAAAUAGUUUUCGUGUAUGAUGGCGAAAAAUAAUAAUGGCAUUUUCCCUUUGUAGUUACCUUGCUGAGAAAUGCGCUAAUAGCAUUUGAGAAUUUUUCAAUGGGCUUUUGAUUAUUUCAUAUCAACGACAGAUUGUUAUCGUGACAUUAUCCUCGGAAUUUUCCGAAGAUCUAUUCACAAUCACUUUGUAAGAGAUUCUUAUAGUCAUACCUCGAAGAUUUUUCACAAGAUAUUCACCCACAGCAUCACGUCUGCGUCUCAAUAUAACCCCUAUCAAGACACACCUGACUCAAGCUUUCCGAAUCAUUCAAUAAUUACCAGAUCAUUCUGUCUUACUGAAAGAAGCGACGAGAUUCCUUGGCAGAAUGUCGAGCUGUAGUAUCCACGCAUCUCCCCACUAUCGUUUUCGCAUCCAUCUGGACGUCUACCUGAUAAUCAGCAAGAGGUAGCGUGGGAUGACAAAUUCUACUACGAUGACGUUCUUAGAACUGCAGACACUGGCUAAGCAGUGUCAUCAUAAAGAGCUGUACAGUGAAGUUGCUGCUGACCCAGUAAUGCUGUAAGGCCAAAGACAAAGUUUACGGUGUCUAGUUAUGCCGUAUUCUAUUACUCUCCGAUUCGCUACGCUGUGUUACGUUUCAUCCUCUCUAAUGUUGGUGUAAGUAGUUGCUGGGGAUGUGAAGUCGUCAUGAGCCUCUGAAGACACUCGCGAAGGUCAGAGAAAUGUCCAACUUCUUCUUCGUAUUGCCACUCGACGUUCAGUAUCGUUUCGAGAUCGACCCGUUGCUUUUGGCGUUUUUAAAGCCAUGGAUGAUGCUGCGUUGAGCCAUUCUCAGAUUCAUGUCCUCCUGUAGGUUUUACUUGGCUGGACAGGAAAUAACCGUAUAUCGACGUUGUAUUAUACUUGUCCAAAAUAGUGUUUACUUAAUGCAUGGUGAAUAAUUGUAAAAUGAAGUUGCAUAUUCUGAUAUUCCGCAAUAUCUAAAGAUAUAUUUUUUCCAACUUUAGGGCUUAUUGAUGUCUUUUCUUAAUACAGGUGGAUAUGCAUGUUUGUGAAUGCAUAAUCACACGUACCGAGAAUUACCAGGAGUGUGUUCCAUGUGGGUUAUAAAGUAGCAAUCAAGUGUCCUAACUUCUGUUGCUCACUCUCCCUUGCCUUGUUACUGUGCCUCUACUCUUAGCGGCGACGCUGCACACCCACCACUUGGCUGAUCUGUUUCCCUGGUUCAGGUCGGGUCAGCCAGACUUUCCAGGUCACUUGACCAAGUGUUUCCAUUAUCCCUUUGCAACAUUUGGUACCGAUUUUAACAGCCUGCCGUUGUUUCAUAAUCUGGUGGGUUGGCAGAGUGCCGUUCACUUAAUGCCACGGCCAACCAUUAGUACAGAGAACCUCAGGCCACCCACUGAUGUUUUUCAUUGGUUACGAGAAGGACCAGCUCCUCCCCCAGGUGAGGACGCCCCGCCCUCUCUGCACACGACACCACAUCCAAGAGAUUGGUACUUCUGUAGUCUUGGCGGCAUUUAUAUAUGAAUUUAAGUCGAAUUGCCAAUUUUUUCAGCAAUAUUUACAUAUAUACGUCUAUUUUAAUAUUCCGAUAUUCUAUUUGCUAUUGCCAUAUAACGUUACAUAAAUCAAUUGUAUGGCAAGGUCGCUGCUGCUUUUCAAAUUUUGGAGCUUUCUACCUCCGAACUUUUUCCCGGUUGAGUCUGUUCUGGCACAGUGCUUAUUACGAGUUGGGAAUAGCCAAGUCCUCCUUGGAAUCUCCGCCGGGUUUUUGCUAUACUGGAGACUUAUCACCAAGCUAGAUGCCAGGUAUACCCAGAAGCAGACUUGGUGUGGAUUCUUGUCUGAUUUACUUGCAGAUGUAAAACCUUCAUGGAGCUUUAGUUGGCCCGCCUGAUGUGGAAGAAACUGUGGAGAGAGGCUUAGCCAGUGUGAAGGGAUUAGUUUAUAGGUGUAGUUUUAUAUGAUAGGGAUGAUUAGAUGUUACUACCCGUUAGAUAAUCGUAGAGAAUUGUUCUUAAUACUUUUAUAUAGUAGUGUGUACCUGGAAAACCAUCUACUGUUGUGUUUGCUAAUAAUGACUCGGUCUGCCAAUCUUCAUUCCCGCCCCAGAUAGCAAGUUGGGUAAUGUUUUCACGACGAUGGGAGAACCUUGCAGUUAGCCUUCCUUUGUGUACUCUUAGACCUCGAUGCUCUUAGCAUUACAGUCCAUAAAGAUAGGAUAGACUGCAUUCAAGAUAUUUAUUGUACAUAUAUUUAUACAUUGAUAGUAUGGACAGACAGCAGAAGUUCCCUAGUUGAGAAGACAUCAUGUGCACAUUUUGGUGGCGUAGUCAGUGGGCCUUAUCGUGGCCUAGUUUAGAGUAGGCCAGUAGAGGGCCAAGUUUAAGUGGCCUAGUGUGAACAACAGGCUCUGUAAUGGCCUUGUGUGAACAUUAGACUAUUUGAUGGCCACGGGUAUAUUUGGUCUGUGGUGUACCAAUCUGCUUUAAGCACAAACACCUGGAACACUGAGAAACAAAUGCCCACUUAGUUUAGAGUAAGGCCGGUAGGUGGCCUAGGGUAGAGAGUAGGCCAUUAGGGGCCUAGGUAAACCUGGUAGAGUUCAGACAACCUUAGCGCACGAGGGAGGGUACCUUACGAUGCUUCAGCUUGAGUCUGUCUUUCACAUAUCAACAAAGGCCGACCUCCUCCCCCCCCCCCCUCCAGCCUCAGCGUUCGAGUUGGGAGCGUCGGCCAGUCUCCGCCUCUUCCUGUGUCUAGAGUAUUAUUGUUUAGGAAGAUAAAGUAAAUAUAUAAUUGAAAUAAAAGCCUAAGAGUUGCAUCUAGAAACUUGCACAUUUGCCGUUUCUUGUUUGGAUUCAGCUUUAAGAGAUUUUUACCUAUAGUAAUUUCGUAUUUGCCGGUCAUGUUCAUGGUGUAUAACUUUAUAUAAUGCACAAAAUACCAGCUGAAUGAUAGUAUGACACCUCCAAACAACAUUUGUUUCCAAUCUAUGUGAUCAUGUAUG